UCGUCUCUUAUCACCUCCCUCAUCAUGACCCACGGAAGGGCCCUCAACAUGCAUACAAGCCUCCAGAACGCUCUUGACGACAUCGCCUCUAACCGCACCUCCAACUCAUGCAAGGCCCGCGCCAUCGCAGACAUUGAGCAUCAGCUCGCCAUCGCCUGUCUGCCUUCAGGCCCGUCCGGCGCAUUGCUGCACUUUCUCGACCUCCAAGACACAUUCGAAUGCAAUGUGCCUUCACGGAUACUAACGUGGAUCUCCAGCUCAAUACCCCAGCUGCAGAUCUGGGCCUCAAAGGCUUCUAAUGACGACACCCAGCACGACGAAAAUGGGCUGCCUCAAUUGAUUUCACAGUCACUAUCUAUUAUCCAAGGAAUCGUCUUGCAUCAUCGCGCGAGCAAGCACUACCUUGGACGACGUUAUGCAUUGGAGAUAUUUGUUGAUCUGUUGCUUGCAUCGCGAUAUAUCCAACCCUUUGCAGCACUAGAUGCAUCUAGCAGCUCGUCGGCGUCGGGGAAAGAUGCCUCGCCACCAACCUUGACGUCUGUCGUCCUCGAUACCCUCCUAUGCGUCCUCGUAGAUUCGCCGCCUAGUCUCCGCAUAUUCGAAGAAGCAAAAGGGGUUCAAGCCGUGGUCAAAAUUCUCAAGCGCGCUGGUACGCCACGAGAAGUCAGAAUGAAAUGUCUCGAGUUCAUUUACUUCUACCUGAUGGACGAGACACCCGCCAAUAGCAAGGAGGCCGCGGCACCUCACUCGUUCUCGUCCCCUCCUUCGCCGACACCUACCGACCCCGAUCUGCCGCUCCCUGCGCGGCAGUCCAAGUCGAGCAUCUUCCCUCGCACUGGGUCCGACUCGUCCCAAUCGUCCCACUCGUCGACGGGCUCGGACGCCUCGCUCUCGUCCUUCUCCUCGUCCGGAUGGUCCUCGAGCACGCACACGAGCCUUGCCAACUCGCGUGCGCCCUCCCCCACCAAGCGAUCGCGCCCCGCCACGCCCGUCUCCGAAAUCCGGUCGUCGUCCAGAUCCCGCCUUGGCGGGCGCACCUCGCCUGCGGACGCAACGCCCAGAGCCGGCAACACCCCGGAGCCCAAUAGCGGCAGCGCAGGCGGCAGCGACUCCCCGCGCAAAGCGCCCGCGCUCAAGACCAAGUCGCUGCUCAUGCUCCGCCGCGAGGUCGACUACGAGCCGCAGAGCCCGAAAAAGGCGCAUGCUAUCGCUCAGCUUGGCAAUGGCACCCCCGGCGCGCCGCGGCGGCACGAGAGCAGUCUGUCGCGCAGCAGCGCUAGCAGCAGCAGCAUCACACUGGCAGCUAGCAGCAGCACAAGCAGCCGCUCGUCGAAAUUAGAUCUGCGCUCGCGCGAUCGGGCAGACAGCGCCUCGAGCAUCGACGUGCGUGAUGCGCGCGAUCUGCGGCGCGUGCGGAUCGGCGAGGACGACUCGGAUAAACAGAGGGGUGGCGGUGGUGGCGGUACACUGCCGUUUAGGACGAUGGACGAGAAGAAGGAGAUUUUGAGCGGGAUGCUGGGCAACGUGGAUGCGCUCGUCGAGGGCGUGCGCAAGGCGGGGAUUUGGGGGCUCGCGUGACGAUGAAGUGAGAUCUGAUGAUGUGAUCAUGACCUAGAUUUUCCCCCCGCUUUUCAGAAGACACGACGCAAAUGCGGGACGGCGCAUAAUCGUAAUUAUUUUGGAGUGUUUUUGUAUUGGGCUGGAUGGCAUGGCUUGGAGGCUUGAGUAUACUGUAUACCACACAUACGUUUCGCUUGUUGUAAUCUUUUUGUGAAAUAUGGCUGAUGACGACGACGACCUUUCAUGCUACCCACUUGUUUCACGAUAGACGUUCUAGACGUUCCCAAUGAAUAUUUGC